AUGAUUGGUCUGAAGAAAAAUAAUGUAUAGACAUCUUACAAAAACAAACUAGAAACUGUUUAAUUGGCACCUAAUAAGCCACCUUUGAAAAGAGGAAAUAAAGUUACUAAUUUGAGAAAUAUUAAUACAAAUAAUACAAGUUAGCCUCAUUCUAUUAAGAACGAGGAAUCAAAAGAAAAACUAUUAGAAUAAACUCACUUUUUAUGUGCAAUAAUGUAACACUAGCAAAGUACCACUGGUAAGAUUGUUGCCAAUUUUUUAAAUGGAAAUCUAGAAAAGAAUAGCUAUGAAUCAAUAAUUCAGAUGGAGAAAUCUGCAUAAGCUUUAUAAUAAUCUGCGAAAGAAAUGUCAAAAGCAUUGUAUGCCUCUGAUGAUGAAGGAGAAUUUGAGAACCUAUAAAAUAGAUUCAUUGAUCAAAUCAGAUUUUCCAAAUACAGAAAACCAACUUAAGAGAAGAAUAUUAUAUUUAAGAGAAAUUAUGGUUAAAAACACGAGAUGAUGAUAGAUUAGGUGACUUAAUAGAGAUAAAAAACAGAAGAAAAUUAAGAUUUUGAUGUCUUCAUUCCAAAAUCUUAGAUGGAUUAAUUUUUUAAGUAGAAUUUUGCUAAUCAUUUAGAAUAAUUCAGGAUAAAAUAGACGGUAGAAUGAAGGAAUAGACUGAAUAGUUGAUAAAAGAGGAGUAGAAACUUGUAAAUGGGAUGAUAACAAAUGUUAAGAAAUUUCGCGAGGAUAUAAGGGAAGUGAAAUAUACAAUGAAUCAUGUAAGAAAGAAUAAAAAAGCAUUAUAAUCGCAACAAUAAUACCCUUAAUCUGCCUUAAGAACUUUAAGAACUAUGAAAUCUUAAUCCUCUGCUAGAUUGCAAAGUGACUAGGUUACUAAACUAGAUGAAGAUGCUAAAGCUGAUUUAAAACUGAGAGUGAUGAAGGCAUUAAGGAAUUUCAUGGAUAAAUUGAAAAGAUUUAACAUUACAUUAGAGGAUGUAGUAAACAAUUAAGUGUUUCCAACUUAAGCAUACGAAAGACCCAACAGUGUUGAAUUCUUUAGGCAAGUCAAAGCUGAUAAUAUAAGGGAAAUUGAAAAUAUGUUACGUGAUUGUAGAUUUCACGUUUAUGAUAGGGAUAAUUAAUAAAAAACUGCCUUGCAUCAUGCUGUUAGUAUUAAUUCUAUUGAAGCGAUUAAAGUAUUGGUGGAAAAUGGUGCCGAUUUGGAUGCAAGGGACAUGAGUAAUAUAAUUAAUAUUUUUAGUGGGAAGAACUCCUUUGCAUUUAGCAGCUAAAAAUAACAAUUGUGAUAUUGUUAGGGUAUUAUUAGUUUAUCAGGCUAAUCCUUCUAUUAAAACUGUUGCAGGUAAAACUGCAUAAGAUCUCACUGAAAUGCCUGUUAUUAAAGCUCUUGUGAAAAAUGCAAAAAAAGUAAGAAUUAUAAAUAAAGUAGUUGCAUUUCAUGAUGAAUUUACAAUCAAAUAACAAGAAAAAAGAUUUUUGGGUAGAAAAAGCAGUUGUCUAUUUCCAGGAGGAUGAUCCAGAAAAGAUUUUAAAAUUACAACUCUAUAAGAAUCAAGCAAAGUUGUUUUUAUAAUGA